UUCCAGUCUGCUGCAGCGGUGUGGAGCUGACACACUAACCCACAUUCGUGUUUGGAACUGACAGAUUACCAUCACCUGAAGAUGAUGUGGCUGCUUCUGAGUCUCAUGUCUGCUGCCCUUACUGUUGAGUCCUACGUGGUCCAUGACACCUCUGAGCGUUUGUCCCAUGGUCGCCAGCUGAAGAUUUAUCUGCCCAAGAGUACAGAAAAGCUGGUGUUUGUCCCUAUUGAUAAUCCGGCAGAAGUACUGUAUUGGGACAAACGAUGGAGCAGUCGUGUCACCAGAGGCAGAGUUUCUGGAACAGGAAACGAUCGACGUUGGUAUCUCGACCAGGUGACUUUCGAUGACCAGGGGACGUACAUCCAGAAGGACUUCUGGGAUAAGGAGAUUUCUAUUCUUAAAGUGGCUGUCUUAGAAAAGAACAACUACAUCAAGCGUAUAGCAGGAGAGAGUCUCUACGUCUCACUGGAGGGCAUUGGCGAGAUGGACGCGACCCUCCGUUUCAGUGGAGAACAUGCAAACCAAACACUGGUACGUGACGGCGCCUUGGUGUCCCAGGACAUACCCGAUUACUGGGACAGGUUGCGGAUCCAUACAAAGAACAUUGAGAUCAGGAAUGUGAACUACACUGACGUGGGCCGUUACUACCUGUAUGACCGCAAGAACCGAUUGGUGUCAAUUACCAGAAUGGAUCUGACCGAUCACCAUGACUACUCGGAGGGAAACCCACUCAUGGCUCUGCUCUUACUCCUUGGGAUCCCGGCUGGUAUUUGCUGCUGCUGUCGGAAGAAAAUUUUCAAGAGUAAAGCCAACACCGCUUCAACACAACAGGCCAGUCCAGGUGUUGCCGUUCCGCUUCCUAGUGGCCCCGUUGGACCGUGUCCUCCUUACCACAACCCUCAACAACCAGGAGGAGCAUAUUACCCAAUGCCCAGCCCAGGGAUGGCUUCGACCGUCCAUCCUCCUCCUCCAGUAGCUGGUCCAGGACAGUGGAACGGGCCCCCACCCUCUCCAGGCAUGAACCCAGGCUACCCACCACAGAACCCUGCCUACCCUCCUGUUGCCCCUGGCCCUCAGUGGAGCGGUCCACCACCAGGCCAGUACCCCCCUGGACCGGGAGGCCCCAUGGGCUAUGCUCCAGCUCCAGUCAUGUAUAGCUCCCCUGCACCACCUGCUAAUGAGGAGAUUAAGAUGGAGAAUCUGGCAUCUUCACCUGCUCAACCCCUGCUAAAUGCUGAAUCACAGGCUUCCACUGAACCUGUGCCUCCAGUUCCCCCCUCCACCACUAAUGUCCUGAGCGACUCUGAUGCUGCUGCCACAUUCCAGAUAGACAAAGAUAAAAACACCUCCAACUUCCUGUAGGACGCUGACUUUGUAGCAGCUUCGGCCCAAUUCCAAUCUCCAUGCUCACUAACUCACAGAAUUUGAUGUGUGCUCCUGCUACGUUUGUGAGGGUUCGGAUUUGUGUCAUGGUCAAGUCAGUCCAGGGUGUAGAUGUUAGACUUUCUGAUGCUCAUAGCUUGGUAAUAUUAUCAUGGUUGUCACACCAUGUACAAAAUUACCCCAAACAAGUCAUGGAUGCUGAGAAGUUUAUCUUUAAGUGACAACAUCUGAGGCUUUUGCUGUUGGGGUUAUUUAUUAUAAUGUCCACAUAGGAUUUACGUAAUUCUGUUCAUGGCUCUCCUGACUUUUGAUAGUUUCCUAAAUUGUAUAAACACUGUAAUGUCUCAAAUGGGGAGGAACUGCAAAUACUGAGCAAAUAUCAACACCAGAUUGGAAGAAUACCACUACCGCCAAGACUGUCUGAGCGUCACUGUUUACCAAAAUAAGAUGACCAAUGCACUGCUGAUGACAUUUUAUGAUUCAGAUGUGAUCAUCAUACAGUCUACAUACAUCUGAGUUUAUCACAUUAAUGUCUCACAGUCUGGUUUUUAACGGCUGAUAAAAUAAUGACAGUUUGCAGAAGGAGGAAGUUGCCAGCCAAUUAACUGGCCAAUAUCAUCUUCACUUGUUACUCCUCAAAUUUUUACACUAAAAACACAAUAUGCAUGCCUGAAAUUAACAACAAAAAAUAAAUGAACCUUUCACUUUAUUAGAAAACAGAUGCCUGUUGAGGCUGUAAGAGAACAUUGAAGUCAAA